GCUGUUGGCGUGCGGGAGCGAGCGGCAGCGGGCGGGCGGCGGGGCCGCGCCCGGCGAUGAGGCACGAAGCGCCCAUGCAGAUGGCAUCCGUUCAAGAUUCCCGAUAUGGCCAGAAAGAUACAUCUGACCAGAACUUUGAUUACAUGUUCAAACUGCUCAUUAUCGGCAACAGCAGUGUUGGAAAAACCUCCUUUUUGUUCCGAUACGCUGAUGAUUCCUUUACAUCUGCAUUUGUAAGCACGGUUGGGAUCGAUUUCAAAGUAAAAACCGUUUUCAAAAAUGAAAAAAGAAUUAAGCUACAGAUUUGGGACACAGCAGGACAGGAGAGGUACAGAACAAUUACCACAGCUUACUACCGGGGUGCAAUGGGCUUCAUAUUAAUGUAUGACAUCACAAAUGAAGACUCUUUCAAUGCUGUGCAGGAUUGGUCAACUCAAAUCAAAACAUACUCUUGGGAUAAUGCCCAGGUUAUUUUGGUUGGCAACAAAUGCGACAUGGAGGAUGAACGGGUAAUCUUCACUGAGAGGGGAAAACAUUUAGCGGAGCAACUUGGAUUUGAAUUUUUUGAAACAAGUGCCAAGGAAAACAUUAAUGUCAAGCAGACGUUUGAGCGACUGGUGGAUAUCAUCUGUGACAAAAUGUCAGAAAGUCUGGAGACAAAUCCCACCAUUGCUGCCAGCAACCAGAACACACAGCUAAAGGACACCCCUCCUCCACAGCAGCCCAACUGCAGCUGCUAAUGCAACUACCAGCAAAGGCAGCUCCAGUGUGUUCUAUUGCCAACAGAGUACUUAUGAAUGGUCUAUAUGCCUUUAUUCAUACUGUCUUAUUAAUUUAUUUGGAAGAACAGUCUUGUUUUACAUCAGCUGCUCAGAUAUGCAUAUGGGGAUGGAGCAGUUUUUAGUCUGAAAGGAUGAUCCAUAUUUUAGAACCUGGCUUUUGCAUGCAGGGUGUAUAUUAACUUCGCUUUUCUUUUUACUAUUUUGUGUCACACUUCAGCUGUUGCCAUGUCCUCAGAUCAUGUUUGCCUAUAAUUGUCUCUUGCUUCAUUGGUUUCAAGUUAUAUAGCUGAAUUUUUAGGGUAGUGGUCAGGGUUUUGACUUAGCUUCCUGAUGCCACUUGUGUAUUUUCCUGACUUAAAAUGAAUUUAGAAGUAUUCCUGUAGUGAGCAAAUCCCUCAUUCUGCCAGAUCACUUGUACAAGGGAGCACAUUGCUUUGGAAAAUCCACACUCACUAUGCUACACAUCCUGGCUGACUGAAAACUGCAGAAAUCAGAAGAAAGUUAGGUCCUGGGCCCAAAGCCAUAAAAAUUCCCAAAUUUUCAUCAACAAUUUCCAACUGGAUGUGGAUAUUCAGUCCAGAGUCUCAGAGAUAUCAGGUACUUCAUCCUGUUUGGAUAGCUAGUGUAUUUCCUUUUACAUAGCAGCUGCAUGUCUAACUAACAAUUUUCUGAAACCGGACUUAAUUUCUCAUUCCAUCAUUAUGGAGAUCCCAGUCUUGCCUACCGCUGCAGCAGAAGGCUAUUUAGCUCUCUCCAUGUCUGCCUGCAUGAGACAUUAAGCACACAGUCCUAUAUUAUGUCUGACAGAGCCAAAUCCAUUGUGUUUGGUUGUUCACAGCCAAAAUCUGCCCUGUCACAUUGCUGUCAAACCUGCAUGCUUCAGUUUUCAGAAAUUUCAUUUCCCAUUCAGUCACUGAGACAGCUACCACCACAGUGGCUAUAAAUGUCUGUAUUUUACUCAGACCUACUGCAGAAAUGCUGAUGGUGUCAAUGGUGUCAAUGAACUGAAGUUUGACCUGAUUUUUUUCCAUUCAUUUUGGCAAGAGAAUUAGGAUUUUUAAAACUUUAGGAGUAAUAAAAAAUUGUCAACAUUUCUAAUCUUGGGCUUAAUGCAUUGAAAAUAUCAGCAAAAAACUGUGAAGAUAGCAGAAUAAAGUAUGCAAAUUCUUUUAUGUUAAAGUGUUAAAAUAGUUAUAUUUUACAGUUUUUACUCCUCUAGUAAUUGGUGGAAGUUUCUUACAUCCAUAUCCUGAAGUACAUUGCAAAACUGCUUUACCUGCAUCAUGGUGACCUUUUUUUAACUAAACAGCAUAACUGAAGAAGCCCUGAUUAUUUUAUUUUUCCCGUUAGACAGAAAUUAAGACAAGGCUGAUUUUUUUUUUUAACUGUCAGCAGUGGGAAAAAUCUGAAAAAUACAAUAAAAGGAAGUAACAUAUAGUACACUGAAUGACUCACAACUGCAAAGAAAUCCUUCUUUACAGUUUAUGUUUUUUGAACGUAACUUAUGGAACUCCUGAUACACAAUAAAAUAAAAUGGCUGCUUUUAAAAAAUUGAUUAAAUAAUCUAAAUACACUUCAACACAAUAAAAGUUACUUCCAAACUACAAGGCAUAUAGACACAUGUAAAGAGGAUAUGCCAGGAGCUGCCUAAUUUUAAUUAAUCUAGGCUGUCUUCAGUCUAGGUUUUUAAACCAUGUCUGUCCUGUUAGCUAGUUUAUUUCAAGCAGUUUUCCCCCUAGUAGACAUGGAGACUGAUUUACCUCCGUGAAGAGAAAGCACCCUCCUUUUUAGAGUGGAGGACCAGCCAGGUGGAAGAGGCAUGUGCUAUCCAAACAAUGAUCCUUUCUCUCUCCAGGGUGGUUUCUUUUCCGCUCCCCCAUUUAAGACAGCAUGUUGCUAAGUGUGCUGAGAGACUUUCCCUAGUACAUUUUCACACCCUAGGUGCCAGCUGAUUGGAAAAAACAGAAGCAGUACAAAGUUGAGCAAGCUUCAUCUGAGAUGGCUGCUGGGAAGUUUUCCAUGUGUUUCUUGUUAUGUCAGUGAUUCCUGCUUGAGAAGAAGGGGCAGAAAAGCCUUGAGACAGAAUUCAGCUUCAGCUCUCAAGUUCUUUAGAUGAGUCUUAGGUUGUAUUAUUAGCCUGAAGCAUCUCAGGCAAGGAGGGGAGAGACAUAAUCGAGUUGUCAAGGAUUUUGGGCAUGUCCUGAAACAUGCAGCUUGGCAAGAAGUGCAGGUAUUCUUCCACCUUUGCUCUGAGAUGUUUGAUGUGAAAUUGUCAUCUCCUGUGCACAGUGCAAUCAGGAAAAAAGACUUCAAGGUGUCCCUUGCUGCAGUCACACUUUGCUUGUAUUCCAUUGCAAUGAACUUAAGACCCUCUCUGCCUGGCUUUGACUGUUUAGACUUGGUGGUAGAAAUACAUUAUUAGCAUAUAUCUUUUCAAACAAAUUGAGAGAAAGAUAAAGAAUUCUGUAUGUAAAUGGGAUUAAUUAAUUGCUUUUCAUUUUGCAUCAGGAGUCUGGGCAGAAGAGUAACAGCAAAAUCUAAGGAGAACUGCUUCAAGUUUCUGAGGCAGCUAACCUGCUAGGCCUCCACAUAUAUUUGGCCUUCUGCAUGAGAUGGGGUGGCUGGGGGAAGCAGCUGUCAGAGUGGUGUUGUUCCUUAGAGUCCUAAAAAUGUGUUAAAAUGAAAAGGCUUAUCUGAAAUACAGCAGCAAAGAAUGAGUCCGUAUCUAAAAUCUCCUCAAAACUUUGUACUAACACUCAGACAUUGUCAUGGAGUUAAGAGUUAGCUUAAUUUUUUCAAUGUUCAAAUAAAACACUCGGAGUUUUUCAAGAUGAGACUCAGCCCUCUCAGUUGACACUGUUUUGAGUAGAAGUUUGGAAAGGAUGGCCUGCUGUUGUCCCAUCAAACCAGAUUUACCAUAUCACGACUUUCUCUGAAAUUGAAAAGGUGUGGAAAUUCAAGCAGGCUUUUUCUUUCAGAUGGGGUUAUGUCUCAAUCUGGUUCAGUUCCUCUUGACUUACAGGAAAGAACUGCAGUUUUCUUAAAUUCAGGUAGGCUGAACAUUUUUGAAGAACCUGUUGCAACUUGAUCAAGGGCCUAAAUUUAAAUUAUCAAUGCCUUGUUCUUCACAUAUAUCCAGUAGUCACUGAUUAUGAGUUCCUGGAGGAGACAAGCUAGUUUUGGUUAGAUCCCUGAUCUAACCAGUGGUGUGGCACAAUUCCUCCAAGUACCAGGCUACAAAGCACUGUAUUUUGUGAUGGAACAUGGGAGGGCUCAGAUGAAAACUGGGAUAGCAGAAACAAAACUAUUUUCAGCCUCAUUACAAGUGAAAAAGUUCUUGCACACCUUUCAUUAAUUUGUGGUACUUUCAACAUAGAAAUAAGACUGAAUGUCACAGCAAAUCAUUGGUCCAGCCAUAGAUACCCCCUUCAGCAGAGAUUUAUCCACUUGGUGAGAUACAGCAGUUAUUAUACAGAGUAUAUUAAAUUUCUGAGAGAUGAGAUGCCUUUGGGCAGAGAAUCCUGAGCUACAUAGUGCCAGCUGAAGCUAAACUAAUACUACACAAUCCUUUUUCCGAGUUAUGAUCUAGACUAAAGCUUAUAGCAGCAAGCUAAUCCUGUGCAUGGGCCAUGCACCAGCCUUAUCAUGCUCUGACAAUGUGCUGCUUUCUGCACCUUCAAGCUACUGGUCAGAAAAUACCUUGGGAGCACCCAGGAACAUGGGGAUUGUCUGGUUCCUGUGGUGCCUCUGGCAGCAACCUGCCGAACAGCUAGCCAGCCCUGCGGGGUUGAACAUUCAGAUGCAUGUUUUUGAUUCUUUUAAGAGUUCAUGUUCACAAGUUACAAGUGCAACUGACUAAAUACUGUGUCUGUUACUUUUGGUGGUGGUGGUUAGUUUAUUUAGACUUGUUCAUUUGGUGUUUUAAAUAUCAACUAGCCUAAUUUUCUCACAGAAAAUACUCUUUCUCUCUGAACAGCUGUGUAAGUGACUGUUAGCUGGAAUUGUUUGUUCCUUUGUACUUUUACUUAAUGCAUUAUCUAGAGAAAUUACCUGAACAACUACAUCUAUGUGGCCUUUUCCAGAGCACCAGUUUGAAAGAUUAAAUUUUCUUCCCAGUCUGUCAGCUCAACUGUACCACCUGCAUCUUCUUUAUUUUAGAAAUUAAGUAUUAUUUCAGGAUACACAAAAUUUGCUGGAGUUUGAUCCUAACUUCGAGAAUGCAUUAAAUUUGCCAUUUGUAGGGGGAAAAAAAGUAGCAAAAAUUCUACAUUUGGUGGUUAUGCAUUUGUUUAUUUGGAUCAGACAAAUAAUGUUGCUAUCGCAUUCCAAGAGAAAACCCCAUACAAACUCCACCCUUACCAAGAUACUGUUUCCUAUAUUUUUUUUUUAUAGAAGUAAGUUUUAUUAUUUACAUUUUUGCAGGCAUAAACUAAAUUUCAGUUCUGAUUAGAGCCUGAUUCCUCCUUGGCCUGUUUCAUAUAAACUUACAAUGUAUAAGCCUAGUUCUUUAGCAUGACAGAUUCAGCAAUGUGAGACCAUGAAUUUGAAGCCUCAUAGAUACAUCCUCAGGGGGAUUAGCAACAAAUCUUCACUUAUACCAACAGGGGAAUAAGUUGUGUUAAUUUUCCCAUUGAUCCAUACAUUCUGACUCCAGAUUCUCCAAGGUUGAUCACUUUUCCAGUCUCAUUUAAAAAGGCAAAAUAUUUCAAAUAGUUGAAUGAACCCUACCUGUUUUAUUUAUGGGUAAAUGUACUUCACCUUUGCAAAUUAAGUUUUCUUUUAUUUUUCCUUUUGUUUGUCCAUGGGUGUUCAGUGAAGCAGAAUUUGUGACUACACACAUAUUAUAUGCAUACAUAUAGAGUAAUACACCUUUGAUCGUCAUUCAUUUCCCACUGUUACCUGUUUAUAUUCAGUGCCACUUUUCCCAAAUUUAUCCUUAAAUUGUCAUUACUGCUGGAAAUCAAAUGUGUUACAUUUGAAGACCAUAAGUUUAUCAACUGUGGUUCCAGCAGAGGUAUAUGGCUUGUCAUUUGUACAAUAAGGUACUUGGUAUCUGAUCUGGGGGGAAACAAAAGUCCUGAUUUCCCCAUAACUUCACAUUCACCUAUAACACAGUAAGUGAAGGUUAGAUAGACAUUGUUUACCACUUCUGGUGAUAAAUUUCCUCAAGUAAUUCUGACAUGUACCUGCAACUAGUGAUAUAUGAAAUGUUUGUGCUGUAACUCCUGUUCGGUAUUUUGUCAGUAAUGUCAGAUGUGUUGUGACUCAGUUGGACCGUCACAAUGUGUAACUUAUAUACUAGCAUUCGUGUAUUUCAAAUGUCUUACAUGUUGCAUGAAAAAAUGUUAUAAAAAUAGAUAUUUUUUCUAUUUUUGAAUACCUCAAGACUGAGGAAUCAUGGGCCAAUAAGUGCAAUAUUUAAUUACUUACUCAGUGUAUAUAAACUUGUGUGAAAGGGAGAAGCAUCAUGUAUGUGUGAUAAGCUGUUGAUGAUGCCUGUGUGGCUUAACAUUUCUAGUAAAUGUACACGUCUUGUAGAAAUAUUAUAUAGUAAACACUUUACCAGUGUAGUGUAAGAAUAUUCUUAAGUAACUUAAGCUAUUUUUCAUAUAUGAAACUAUGGUUAAAGAUAUUUGUAUGUUUACUGCAAGUGCAUGUCAAUUUUACUUUUAGAGUUCUGAGUGUCCUUUUUUGAGAAUUGUCAUGUUACUCCAACACUAGUGGGACAGGCCUUCCAUCAGAAAAUGCUUUAAACCAUUUAUAAACUGUCGGCCUAUAUUUUUUAAAGCAUGUUCUCUAGAAGCAUUAAAAGAACCUCUUAGAGCUCAGCAUUUAUGAUGAGUUAAUUAUUUAUUCUUAAAGAGUCAGUUACAUGUUCUAUCUGCCUGUACUGCAUAAUAUCAUGUGGACAUGUUUUCUUUAAUCUGAUACAGUUAACUCAUAAUACUUACCUGAAAUUAUAAAUAGGGGUACCCAAUAUUCUUGCAGAUGACUUGUCAGACUUUGGUUGGUGCCCCGGUUUAACAUGUUUGCAAAUGUUUCCUGGACAUGUUUCCAGGUUACAGUCAGCAGCACAGCAGAGUGGAAGGUGACCUUAGCUGGACAGUUUUGACAAUUAAGCUUCUUAACUUCUCUAGAUACAAAAGAUGGAAGAUACCUCCUUAAAGAUACAGACCCACAUUCUUCACUCCAAUUUUACAUGGCCUUUCAAAGUUCAACAUUUCCAGUAUCAGGAAUAAAACUGAGAGGCAAAUGGAAACAAAAUGCAGACCAGAAUCUGACCAUGAAAUUAAAAGGAGACAUCCAAUACUUUAUUUAUUCCUACUUACUUGCAUAAUUCUAAUGGUUUUCUAAGAACAUGAGAAAGACUAUCAGUACUCAGCAACACCCUGAGGUAUAUUUUGAACCUUAAACCCUGAAUCACUGAUCUGCCAUAGGUUCCCAGCUGUGUGCAUAAAGCCUGCAGAAAAGCUCAUUCUGUUAAUUUUUACUAAAUCUCCGGCUUCAAAGGCGUGUGUCAUCUGCAUUGGGAAUUUACUAAACAGAGACAGGCCACUGAGUCUGGGGCAUGGGGAAGAAUUGGGGAAUUGAUUUUGCCAGACAAUUUUCCUAAAAAAAGCCCAUAUAUUCAUUGGUACCACGCUAAAGGAUACAUAAGUAUGUUUUUUAUUUUAUCUGAUGCAUUUUUGUGACAAUAUAGGAGGUUUAAUAAGUUAUGGUUUUUUGUUGUUUUGUUUUGGUUUUUUUUUUUAAUUUGCUUGAUCUGGAAAACAAUUAAAUUCUAAGGCUUACUAGAAACCAGUAUCAAGGGUUUCCUUUCUGAUGUCAUCAAAUACAUUCUCUGAGAAAGCAAAGUAGACAAAUUGCAUUAAGUAGCACAUGACAGUAUUUGCAAUGAUCUGAAAAGUCCUUAAAAAAUUUUUUUUGUACCUAAAGCCAUUAGAACUUCUGCAAAAUUAUAUACACCAGAGUGAAAUGAAAAUGUAUGUAGAUAGAAAUUUGGGAUUGCUUAAUAUAAAAAAGAAAAUUCUUGGCAUCAUUGUUGCUGAGCAACAAAGAGUCAGAACAUGACGUACCACUAAAAUGGAAAUGUGCAGCCUGCUACAGGACUCCCUCAACCUUUUCUUGUUAAGUGACCUGACAGUUCAAGGGCUGGCAGUUAAUUUUGCCUAGUUUUUUUAUAAUUACACACAGGCAUGUGAUUACAUGCAUGAACAUAAAUGCUUUCCUUGAUAACAUGUAGCUGUUCUGGUUCUCUCAAACCAACUUGUUUGCUGAACUCUUUUUGAAGAAAAAUUGAAGUAUGUGUUUAGGAUACCUUUGUGAGGGGGUGAGACUCAAUCUGUGCCUUCUCCCCCGACUCUUACUGCAAUAUAGCUACUGUGGUUUUAAAAAAUAUGUUAGCUAAAAUGCUGCUGGGUGAUAAAUUUUGUGAAUCUUCUCCAUAAAUCCAUGGAAGCUCUUGUCUGAAUGUUCAGUACAAGUUUUAUCCACAUGGAGAGUUUAAAUUCUGUGCUGACGUAGCAAUCAUGUGUAUUCCAUUGGAUAUUCUUUUUGUAUGUGACUUCUGUAUACCAAGUGGAUUCAUUUGUUUAAUUUUUUUGCUGAAAGUUUUUUUUUUCUUUUGCAAUUACAAUAAAUAUUCAAGAGACUAUA